GUUACUUCUUUGAAACUAUUGGGCGGUUGAUCACGAUCUCAAUAAAUAUACAAAGCCUACAGUAGUGGAUUUAUCUUUAACUAAAAUGGAAGAGCCUGAUGAUUUUCAGCUAGCUACUCAAAUUAAGAUUCAGUGUGAACGUGAUUGGAAAACAGUAAAGUCUAUAUAUAGCGAAAUGCGAAGUGUCCCACCAGUGGCAGUACUGCCGUUAUUGCAAGUGCCAGAUGCUGUGUCCGCUGAGACUCCGUCUACUGGCUCGGCCUCGGAUCUAGAAUCAAAUGUCAAAAACAUAAAUGAACAGUAUCUUCACGAAAUGGAGAAAAGGUUUUACGCCUUUUUCAUUAAAAUUAAUAAGACUUCUGAUUUCAUAAUCAAAUCAUUUUUCUUUUUAAAAAGCCAUGAGUGACAGGGUUUUAGGGUAAACUCUACUGUGCCACUCAUUUAAUCAAUGAUUAAUGAUUGUCUACCUUCUUUUCCAUGUGUUGCUGUGUUGUUCCGGGUUGAAAUGGCUAGAAAGACUUUGAUAUUGUAUGCUUGUAAUUAGUUUUUGUAGUGUUGCGUUUGUUUUAAAUGUGGUGAAUUAUAGAUAUUUUUUGUUGACUUUGUACCGCGCUUCGAGCCUUUGGGGAUGAAGCGUGUUUUUGAAAUGAACUUUAUUAUUAUUAUUAUUAUUAAAUCAUACUCGUUUCCCACAGUCACAGCACUGUCAGCAGCCAUCUUGGUUGCCAUGACAGAAGAGUGUCAUGGCAACCAAGGUGGCAGCCUGUAAAAAAAGUUAGUGCGAACACACAUCUGUUAAAUUAUCGAAACGAUAAAGGAAUAAAACAUUAAUUAAUAUUUAACUAAAAAAGUUCAGCUCAGCCUCUAUGUUAAUUUCGUGGCGAACCAAGCAACUUUAUUGUAAUUGUAUCUCUCUAGAUGUACGGCAAGAAGUGUCGAUGAUCUGCGGUCACUCCCUUCCCUCAACUAAAACACAACUAAAAUUGUGUUUAUCAUUGCAAUUAUCAAAGCGAACUCAUUUUGUUUGGUUAUUUACUUAUUUAGUUGUUUUUUAACUCCUCACAUGUUUUUAUUACCGACAAAUUACAUAUCGAAAUUGCAAGGCCUUACGAAUUCAACAACCUUUUGUUUAUACCGGAAGUGAUCAUUACGAACAGAUUUCCUACACAGGAACCAAUCAAAAUGCUCAUUUAAUUCAAAGGUCAGGGCUAGAUCACCUGAUACAGGAAGUAGGACAUGAAAAUACCAAAUUUUGCUAGACAUUGCCGGCGAUCGAAAUGUUCGGUUGCUUUUGUAAUUUUCUUUGUGACCGUAAGCUAUAGUUAUCUUGAUCUGGAAAUCACCAUCUUUCCAACCAUACCAAAUACAUAGGGAUUGGGCGAUUCCAAAUACUCAUAACAAAGGGGUAAAAACACAAAAAAUUGUGCAAUUUUCACAUUUUUUCUGAUAGAUAGGGUCAGGAAAUUUGUAAUUUAUUAUAGUUUCUAACUUACUUUUGUAAAAACAAAUAUAAAAAUUUAAUAAAGAAAUGGUAAAUAAAACCAAAUAAACAAUAAUGAAAAAUUAUUCAAAAUUUGCCAUUUUCGCCAAUUUCUCACCCGCAUCUCCCCUUAAAAAAAAUUAUUUCAAGUGGUAGUCCACUUGAAUUCGAUCCCUACAUUUAGGGAUACAAUGUAAAUGAACAGCCCCUCAGAUAUUCCCAACAAAAUCAAGUAAUAGAUCUUUAUUAUUGUUAAUUCUAUUGACAAUGCACAUAAAAUUAAUUUGUUAAUAAUAUUUUUAAUAUACGUAGUUUACAUUUGUAAUAAUAAAUUCAUAAUUUUUAUAUAUGCUAUUAUAUAUGUUAUUAAAUGCAGGGAAAUUGACAUAUAUAUACACAUACAUAGUUGUUUUCCUUGAAAACUUAUUUAUCAUCUACCUUCACAGGAUUAAAAAAAUAUAUAAAAGUAACAAAAUUUUUUUUUUAAAAAAGGGAGAGAAUUCUACACUGAAAAUCUGGUUUUUAUAAUCUUUCAUUUUUAUUAAAUUUAACUUAAAAAUUUUUUUUAAUUAAAAUUGUUCUACAAUAUAUACCUACUUUCAAGUACAAGCUUCCAAACUAAAAAUGUGUGUUAUAAUUGAAUAGAGACUAUAAUAUUAAAAAUAUGACUAUUGUUGAUUAUGUGCUUUUAUAACUUGCUUUAGUUAAUUAGUUGACAUUUCGUAAUCAUUUUAUAAUACCAUAUUCAUAUUAUAUAUAUGUGCUCAGGAGGCAUGCUGUUAAGAGCCAGUCAUUUGCAGAUGACAUGCAGCUAUACAAGCAUACCCAACCCAUUUCUCUCUAGUAAAUUCUGAUAUCCACACCUUGCAACAGUGCAUUGGUGAUGUCAAGUCAUGGAUGACCCUCAGCAAGUUGAAGCCGAAUGAUGUCAAAACAGAGGCACUCCUCAUUCACAAUCAUGAAUUAUCCUCUAAUUCAGCUCACCCCAUCUCGUUUCAAGUGGGUAGCUCCGAUAUACAGUUCACAUCCUCUGCUGGAAAUCUUGGUUACAUUCUUUCUGGCAACAUGUCUCUCAAUAAUCAUCUUUCUCCUCACAUUUGUUGCUCUGGGUACACCGCUAUCCAUCAAAUCAGCUCCAUCCGCCACUACCUCACAGUUAGCACAACAAAAACACUAGUCCGUGCUCUUGUUCUCUCUCAUCUUGACUAUUAUAACUCUCUUCUGUCAGGCUCACCAAAACAUUUCAUAGAAAAAUUGCAGAAAGUUCAAAACUCAGCUGCUAGGUUAGUUCUAAAGGCAAAGAAACGUGAUCACUUCACUCACUUCACUGGCUCCCUUACACAGGCACACAUUGAUUACAAGUUGUCUGUUCUCUGUCACAAUUUUUUCUCUGUUUCCUGCCCUUCCUAUCUUACUGCCUUCAAAACUGCUCUCAAGCCCCAUCUCUUCAAUCUGUACUAUACCGACUCAUUCUCACCCCCUUCUGACUGAUAAAUAACACUCGAUUCUGAUGGGUGCUGUCCAUGGCUAGAUAGUACUUGGGUGGGUGAGCUCAAGCUUUUCAUCAAUUUUUGUUUUUAAAUGUAUAUGUUUCUGUAAUUGCUAAUUUUUAUUUAAAGUGCAGUGAGCCUAGGAUGGGGUAUUACGCUAUAUAAAACCACCUAAUGAUAUAUAUAUAUAUAUAUAUAUAUAUCUAUAUAUAUAUAUAAAUAUUAGAAAUUUCAAUUUUGGAAAGAAAAACAUUAAAAAAUCAUUUUAAAUGGAUAAACUUAGAUAAGUAUAAGUAUGUUACCGGGUACCUUUUACAAAUUUGCUGCAUUGUGUAUAAACUUAUUAAAAUUAAUUAAUAUAUUGUUAUUUAAAAUUCUAAAGAAAUCUGUAUAAAAAAAGAAGAAAAAAAUUAUUAAUGUUUUUUCCUUUAUAUGAUUUUAAAAUAUUUUAAUUUUGAUUUCUAUCAACAUUGCCAUUUUUUUGGCCUCUCAUAAUGAUGAGUAUUGUAGAAAUUAGUAUUUUCCAGAGAGAUGCAACUUUAUCAAAAAUUCCUUGGCCUAUUAGUUAUAACUAAGCCUAUAAAUAAUCUGUAACUGAGUUUUAGAGAUGGAAUACAGUAGUAAAUAAAUGUUCUCUGCACAUUUUAGUUUCAGAUCAGCAAGUGACAUAUUUUAUGAUAAACUGGUAAUAUAUUUUAAGCACUACCAGUAAAACAAAAUAAAACAUUUUACUUUUUCAGACUAAAAGCUGAGUGUCAUGUUAUUCAGGAACGUGAGCCUAGAACACUACCAGAGGAUCAAGAAAUGCAGCUACUUCUUCUUAAACAGAAUCAAAUAAAAAUUCUAGAACUCUUGGAUGAAACCCUAACAUUUUUACUAGCCAAAGAUGGUGAAAUCAAAGCAGCAUUGAAAAAUGAAGAGGAAAUCAAUAAAAGAUUGCGAAGCAUGAACAAUGCAUUCAAGGUAUUUUAAAUAAACUUAUCAUUGUUUUUUUGGUAAUCUUAUUCCUUGCAUUUUCCAUAGGGAAAAUAUUAAUUUAUUUCAGUUUCAAGAAUCUGGAAAGUCUCAAUCUUUUUAUUUCAGAUGUGGUAUGAUAUUAUGCAACUAAUUUUCAUAGCAUUAGCAUUAAUAAGAUAAAAUAGACCACAUUUAAAAAUCUUCAUCAGAAAUGUUGGGAACAAAAGUAAUCUACCAGGGUACUUUAUAAGAUGUAUAUCACAAUUAGGAAGGAGAGAGUUUACAUAGCCUGGAGCCAUAAAGGUCAUUCUACAGCAUGUGGAAAAAGAAAAGACUGUUAGUAAAAGUGACUUAAUUUUAAGGGAAUAAAAAAUAAAGUAUUUUGUUAGAGAGCUUUGGUCAUUCACUCAUCAAAAAAAUAAUGGUUCAAGCCUUAAAUUGUAAAAAAAAAUUGGGGAAAUACUUCAAUUAUUAAUUUCCCCUUUCAUAAGGUUCAGAAAACUGGAUUGCCUUUUUUUCUGUGUAUAUUUUUUGACAGACAGCAAUUUUUGAAUUUAAUAUUUAACCAGUUUUUUUUUUCUUGUACUUGAAGCAUGGUAUUAUCAUUAUUUAUUUGGAUCAUUUAGUCAUGUUUCUGUUUUUCUAAGGUUAAUCUUUUGCACUUUUGUUGAAGUUCUGUUGUUUUUUAACCUGAAUAAAAACAGCUCCAGGAUAAUGAAAUUAUAGCAAACAUUUAUUUUUUUUUUUAGAACUCACUCUAAUUAAAUGUUAAAUAAGCCUGCAGGGGGCCAUGGAUAUUUAAGGGGCCAAAAGUUGUUAUGUGAAACAAUUUAAAACUAUUAAAUUUAAAUGCUGGGUGCACACAACCAAAAUGUGGUAGCAGACCUCUAAAAGUCAUGCAAUGGCACAAAUGAAUCCCUGUUUAUAUUAUAAUUCUUACAAUACAUUUAAACUGCAUUAUAGAGUUUGAGACAAUCAUAUAUAUUAUGUUAUAGUUAUAGGUACCAAUAUCAUGUGUUAUCACAUUUUACUACCGGUAUUAAAUUUUUUAUUAUUUUGAAUUUAAGUAUUUGUAUUUUUUCAGACAAAAUUAACAAGUCUUGCACAAGAAGAAAGCACUGUUACAAGGACCAUGACGUCUGAAAAAGUUCUAAAGGACAUGGAUUCAAAGUUUAAAAUAGUUUGUGAGAUGGAUAAACAAUUUAAAAACAAGCUGAAGCACAUGCUUUCUACCUCCAAACAUAUUCACACCCUUGAGGAAACACUUUCAAAGACUGCCAUAAAAGAUAGUAGGGAUUUGGACAUGCAUAAUUUUCUACCCUUGAGAACAGUUAUAGGAAAAUUGAUUGAGCAAUCUCUGAACUUUCCAGCACAACCAUACAUUGAGAUAAAUGAGAGAUUUUGGCCUCAGCAUAUUGAAUUUCUUUUGCGUUUUCAAAUGAUAGUUAAAGAUCCUCAUUGCCCACAAAAGAUAAAACUUGUACCAUUUCAUUUAUAAUUUAUUUUAGUAUACAUAUCCAAUCAAUUAAAAUUGUUAUCGAUUUUAAACAUACCCUGUAAUUUAUUAUUAUCAUGUUCUUUUUAAUAUAAUUAAUUUUUACUAUGAAUGCCAUUUUUUCACUUGUUCAAGCCCUUUUCAUAUUGUUUUAUUGUUUCCGUCUAUGUAUCGUAUUGAUUUAAAAUUGUCAUAUUACGGUAUCUAUCUUGUAAAUAAUUUCCCCCAAACAGCUAUUGGCUAUUUUCUCGGUUGUCUUCUCUCCAAAGAAAAGCAACCUCUAUUUAGACACUAAAUAAAUUGUAUAACUCUCA